AUGGGUAUGACAAAAGCAAAAAAAAAUCUUUUACACAACUAUCCAGUUGAUCGAGAUGCUAAUGGUAAUUAUCUCUGUUCGUGGUGUACAAAUGGAACUCAAACAACCAGAAAUAAAUGGAUUGAUCAUGUACAUGACAAACAUUUUCCACAAUUUCAAAGAAUACUAAAUCAACAACGAGAAAAAAAAAGACAAGAAACGAAACAACGUUUAGAAGCUGAAGAAGCUAUUGAUAAUGCUAUUUUAAAAAUGGAUCAAGAUGAUGAUGACGAUGAAGAUUCAGCAACAACAACAACAACAACAACUAUUCAUUCAUCUCAAAAAUGUCCAAUUUUCAUUCCACCAACCUAA